UUGGUCUGGAGCGGCGCAGCAGGAGCGGGGCCGUGAGGUGAGCUCGUGGCGAGGCGCGGCGACGCGAAGCAGCUGGUUGGGGCCGUGUCGGGAGCAGGCCCCGUGCCGCGCGCGCGCUGUGCGGGCGGGACCGGGGACGGACGCCCUGGCCACUGCGGGACCCUGGCUCAGUCCUGUUCUCCGACUGGCCCCCGGAUCACCCAGCCCCGGAGGGAGGCCCGGGGACCGCUGCUGAGAGCGUGGCGGGCGUGCGAGCGCCGCCCAAUCACUGCGGCUACCCGCGGGAAUGACGGCCUCCCAGGCCAAUCAGCGCGGUCCGAGGGGGCUGGGCCGCGAGGAGAAUAAAAGCAGCCCCGUUGAUGACUGAAAAUGACCAAGCACCCACCUAACAGACGAGGAAUCAGCUUUGAAGUGGGAGCCCAGUUGGAAGCCCGGGACCGUUUAAAAAACUGGUAUCCGGCUCAUAUUGAAGACAUUGACUACGAAGAAGGGAGAGUCCUCAUCCAUUUCAAGCGGUGGAACCAUCGUUACGAUGAGUGGUUUUGUUGGGACAGUCCUUAUCUGCGUCCUUUAGAGAAGAUACAGCUGAGGAAAGAGGGUUUGCAUGAAGAGGAUGGAUCUUCUGAAUUUCAAAUAAACCAGCAAGUGCUUGCUUGCUGGUCUGACUGUCGAUUUUAUCCAGCCAGAGUCACUGCUGUGAACAAGGAUGGUACUUACACUGUGAAAUUUUAUGAUGGAGUAGUUCAAACUGUCAAACAUAUUCAUGUCAAAGCUUUUUCCAAAGAUCAGAAUAUUGUGGGUAAUGCUAGGCCUAAAGAAACAGAUCACAAAAGUCUUUCAUCGUCUCCUGAGAAACGAGAGAAGUUUAAAGAACAGAGAAAAGCCACGGUCAAUGUGAAGAAAAACCAAGUGGAAAAAGCCUUAAAGACAGAAAAGCGGCCCAAACCGCCCGACAAAGAGGGAAAGCUGACCUGCCCAGAAAAGGGCAGAGUGUCAGAGAAAAGCCUUCCCAAGAACGAGAAGGAAGAUAAGGAAAACAUUUCUGAGAACGAGCGGGAGUAUUCUGGGGAUGCCCAGGUGGACAAGAAGCCCGAGAAAGACCUUGUGAAGAGUCCACAAGAGACCCUGAAGGAGCCAAAAAGAAAACGAGGCAGACCCCCUUCCAUAACUCCUACUGCUGUGGAUUCAAAUUCUCAAACUUUGCAACCAAUAACAUUGGAAUUGAGAAGACGGAAAAUAUCAAAACGAAGUGAUACCCCAUUAAAGCGCCCCCGACUUGACAAAAAUUCAUCCCAGGAACAGUCAAAAAAACGCUCUGAAAACAGUGACAAAGACUUAUCCAGAAGACGGUCCUCCAGGCUGUCCACUAAUGGGACCCGUGAGACCCUAGAUCCCGACCUGAUUGUACCUGAUCUGGUUCAUACGGUUGAUACGAACCCUCUACAGGACAAGUCACCCAGUGCCAAGGAAUCUGCUGAAGGUCAGUUGGAGUCUCCAUUGGAAGCUGGCCAGGUGUCUUCUGCAUUAACUUGCCACCCCAUCGGGGAUGGCCUGGGGGCUGCAGACUUGGAGUUGAACUGCAAGUCAAUGGGAGAGAACACGAUGAAAACAGAACCGGUGUCUCCGCCUGCCGAGGUGCAGGAAGAUUCCGCUGCUGAAGUUCCAAACACUUUGAAGAAAGCGGGUGACUUUGUGAAGUUGCAUGCGCCAGCUGUGGACCUGGACCACAAGUUUCGAUGCAAGGUUGUGGACUGUUUGAAGUUCUUCCGCAAGGCUAAACUGCUGCACUAUCACAUGAAGUACUUCCAUGGAAUGGAGAAGUCACCAGAGCCAGAGGACGGGUCAGGGAGGACGCAUGUACAGACUCGGGGCUCUACAGUGCCUGAUAAGGCCAGCCAGGAGAGCCUGCCCCGGAAGCGGAUCUCGGCCAGCUCCCCAACUGCCAAAGAGAAGGAAAAGAAUAAAGAGAAGAAAUUCAAAGAACUUGUGAGAGUGAAGCCAAAGAAGAAAAAGAAAAAGAAAAAGAAAACCAAGCCUGAAUGUCCCUGCAGUGAGGACAUCAGUGAUACCUCCCAGGAACCUUCUCCACCCAAAACGUUUGCUGUCACCAGGUGCGGGUCCUCACACAAGCCUGCGGUCCAUAUGAGCCCGCAGCUCCAUGGUUCAGAUACUGGAAACCACAAAGGGAAAUUGAAAGCAUGUGAGGAGGAUAAUUUGAGCGAGUCCUCUUCCGAGAGCUUUCUUUGGAGUGAUGAGGAAUACGGUCAAGAUGUUGAUGUGACCACCAACCCAGAUGAGGAGCUUGAAGGCGACGACCGCUAUGACUUUGAGGUGGUCCGAUGCAUCUGUGGAGUGCAGGAGGAAAAUGACUUUAUGAUUCAGUGUGAAGAAUGCCAGUGCUGGCAGCACGGGGUCUGCAUGGGAUUACUGGAAGAAAAUGUGCCCGAGAAAUACACCUGCUACGUUUGCCAAGACCCUCCAGGUCAGAGGCCUGGCUUCAAGUACUGGUAUGACAAGGAGUGGCUGAGCCGGGGACAUAUGCAUGGUCUGGCAUUUCUAGAAGAGAACUACUCCCAUCAGAAUGCCAAGAAGAUUGUGGCCACCCAUCAGCUUCUCGGGGAUGUUCAGAGAGUGAUUGAAGUUCUGCACGGCUUGCAGCUCAAGAUGAGCAUCCUGCAAAGCAGGGAGCAUCCUGAUCUGCAGCUAUGGUGCCAGCCCUGGAAACAGCACUCAGGGGAAGGGAGAGCACAUUCCAGACACAUCCACAUCACAGACGCCAGGAGCGAGGAGUCCCCAAGCUAUAGAACUUUGAAUGGGGCGGUGGAGAAGCCAUCGCCCCUGCCCCGGUCUGUAGAGGAGUCUUACAUCACCAGUGAGCAUUGCUACCAGAAACCCCGCGCCUAUUACCCCGCUGUGGAGCAGAAGCUGGUAGUGGAGACAAGAGGCUCUGCCCUUGAUGAUGCAGUCAGCCCCCUCUGUGAGAAUGGUGACGACCCCCUCUCCCCUCGCCUAGGCUGGCCCAUCGACCAAGAUAGGAGCAGAGGGGACAUCGAUCCCAAACCCAGCUCCCCAAAGGUGAGGGAAUGCAUUCCCAAGAAGGUCUUGCUAGAAGAAACCCCUGCUCGGAAGCUGCUGGACAGAGGUGGAGAAGGGCUGGUGAGCUCUCAGCACCAGUGGCAGUUUAACCUGCUGACACAUGUGGAGUCUCUUCAGGAUGAAGUAACACAUCGGAUGGACUCCAUUGAGAAGGAGCUGGACGUGCUGGAGAGCUGGCUGGACUACACUGGGGAACUGGAGCCCCCAGAGCCACUGGCCAGGCUUCCACAGCUCAAGCAUUGCAUCAAGCAGCUGCUGACUGACCUGGGCAAGGUGCAGCAGAUUGCCCUCUGCUGCUCAACAUGAAGCUGGGCACCCAAGACAUUGGAGCACAAUCCUGGCAUGUCUGCCAGGGGGCUUCGCAUAUUUAAGUAAAUAAACUAAGCAUGCUGAAUGCACGUGACACUGACUGACUUCAGGGAUUUAGCCAGGAGUGUGAUGGACAUUGGGACAAAGAGACCAUUUUGGCUGCUGGAGGACGGGGCACUCUUGAUCUGGAAGCCGACUGCAAAGGCAGCCCAUAGUCUUAGAAUCCCCUUCUGUGCACAUUGUUGAACGAAGCAAGUCUUUGCACAUCUUCAAUUGGAAUCGUGCCACUGAUGAUAAACAAAAUGAGAGCCAAAAAAAAAAAAUCUAGUAGAAAACAGUUGUAAAUUCAAUUUGCAGUUUAUUUAAUUGACUUUUGAGUCAGGUAGAGGCAUGUGCCAACCCCUCUGGUUUCUCUGCCUGGUGUGGCGUGUGUGCAGCAGGCAGCGACUGCUCUCAUCCCUCAGCCUCACUGGAACGUUGGGACUUCACUGUGCCAUGCAGUUUUCCAAGGCUGGGGCCCGACUGCUCUGCUUCCUCAAGACUUCAUUUUCUCACCUCGACUCUUGCAUGGUUUCACGGUACCAGGGACAAGUUUUUAUGUUUUUACUCCAGAGUCUGCUGGGCUGUGGUUUUGACAGCCAAGUGAAACUGCUGAAGGAGGAGCUAGAAUCUUGAUGGAAUGAGAAUCUACAAGGAAUUCCAGAAGGAAGCAGUCAGGGUCUGGAACCCAAAGGACAGCAUUUUCUACCCACUUAUUAAAUUCAAUAGCUUCCCAGUUCUAUUUAAAGUUAUGAAGAAAACGUUUCUCAAAAUUUUUGAACUCUUUUACUGUAAAGAUUUGUUACAAAGAACUUGGGAGUUAUUUUACGUCGUCAUCAUCAGCAAACUUGCAAUUCUAUAUGUAGUCUCCCUCCUCCCUGGAGGCUGGGGUAGCAGUUGCCGCUACACUGUAACACUUUAAGUCCCCGUCUGUAUUACUUUGUGAGAUGAAGGUAAUUAUGCUGCUUACAGUCCAGGUACAGUCUGUUUGUACCUUCAGAGAGAUUUGUGUUGUCGCAGGCUCUGGUUCCAUGUGUCAUUGCUGUGUCUUUUGGUUGGUUUUAUCAUACUAGGCAAAAGGUAAGAGGUUCCGUGCUGUGAGGACUUCAUUUUUUGCAUCACUAACGGUAAACUUUGUUUGAUUUAUCCAUCAACACCCACCGGUUCAUUAUCAGUUUUGGAAUCUGUAAUGUUCUAGGCUGCAAAUAUUUACUAUGUAACCAUCAAGGAGCCGAGGUCAGUAGUUCCCAACAGCAGCACCUCUAGCUGCCUUGGGAGUGGUUUCGUUUCAGGCUCAACAGGCCAUUGUGGCCAUAAAUUCAGGCUUAUGUACAGAGAAGUUUCAGGGAAUGGAUGCCUUGUCUAAAGAUCUGUCUACCAUUUGAUAUAAAGUGAGCUGUGGGGCAAGCAUAUAGGGACUGUGUGACAUGCAGUGACGCCAACACAGUCCCUUACAAGAGGCUGCUUCCCACUUCUCACAUUGAUGUUUUCUUGUGGGAAGAAGUGCCCCAAGCGUAUACAUGCCAUCAGAGUCCUGGGUAGUUUAACAUAUAGCUACAUUUUGAGACUUGUAUGAUGGUUGUCUGAAAGGGGAAGGAACAAGAUAAUUAUCUAUAGCUACAACCGUGUGCGCUAUGAUGAUUGGGGGCCAUCGAAGUGGUUCAGUUGGUAGUGGUGCUUGCCGCCAAGCCUGCUGACCUGAGUUGGAUCCCCAGGACCCAAUAGAGAGAAUCGACACCUUCAAAUUGUCCCAUGACACACAUACAUACACACAAAUGUAAUAAAGGGUUUUAAAUUAAGGUUUCUCUUUUAUGUAACUACUCUUGAUGUAGUGUCACAUCUGGGAAGCUGUGGCCUGGAAGGCGGUCAUUUUGUGUCUUGUUCAGAGAUGGAAGCAGAAACUGACGAUCCUAAUUUUGCCAUGUGGUUAUUACUGGGUUUAUCAUUUAGGUUUUGUGAAGGACAUCAUCUGGUUUCAUUGUGACUUUUGUUUUUAGGGAAGCAAAGCAAACUCCCCAUAUUCUGAUAACCUCAAUUCUUCCCUAACUUAAAGCCAUGUUGAGGGGCUCCACUCCCAGUUUGGGUCAGAGUGAAUUCACCCCUAUGUUGGAGCACUGGAAUCUGUUAUUUGCAAACAAUGUUAUCAUUUAGAAAGAUGUGCACUACCUACGUUCUGUCUGUUAAAGAACUCUCCACCUAUAGAAAGUCGCCUUUGAUAAAACAGUUCUGGUUCAGGGGCUGGGGAUUUAGCUUAGUGGUAGAGUGCUUACCUAGGAAGCGCAAGGCCCUGGGUUCGGUCCCCAGCUCCGAAAAAAAAAGAACAAAAAAAAAAAAAAAGUUCUGGUUCGAUCAGUCGUUCUUCGGUAUAUAUGCAAGGUGGAUCCUGGCUGAGCCAACAUUGCACUGUGGAUACGUAUUUGUGUUUACGCGAUGCUAGACAGAAGGCACUGUACAUAUGAGUGUUGCUCUCAAGCAAUAUUUGCAAAACAUGCAAACUUCUGUAUCUGGAAAAAUAAAACAGGUUCUUGUUGCUAUGUGUCAGUCACAUUACUUAAGUAUGAAAGGUUAUGGAUUUGGUUGGUUUAGUUUGGAGGCAAGGUUUUACUAUGUAGCCCUGACCAGCCUAGAGCUCCCAGAAAUCCCGUCUCUGUUCCAAAUGCUAGUAUUAAAGUCCUGUGCCACCUUACCUGGUUGUUCUUCAGGUUGUUCUUUGUGUAGUCCAGGCCUGGCCUUGAGCUUGAGCUUAUGUAACCCGCAAAUAUGAAGCAGUUGUGCUUCAAAUUUGAAAUGAUCUUGUCCUGGUCUCCUUGAGUAUACUACUAUAACCCUGCAAGAAUCCAAUGCUUUAUGCAUUAUGAUGAGCUUGAGGUCAGCCUGGUCUGCAGAGUGAGUUCUAAGACAGUCAGGGCUACACAGAGAAACCCUGUCUCAAAAAACAAAAUGCUCAUACCAGCUCCUACCCAAGUGUGGCUCAUGCAUUGCAGUGGAGGCUGCAGAUCGACUGCAUUUUUGGUUGCUGGAAGCAAAUCAAGGUAGAACAGGCUGCUUCCCUGGACUGAGAUUUGUCCAUUGCUUUCAACAGCCCCAGGCUCCCUAUAGACCUGAACUAUACCCCUCAACACCCACGGUGGGCAGAAUCCUCAGAACUGUUUGUCUUCAUUCCAUGCAAAAUCCCUUCCUUUUGAAGAGUUGAGGAUUAUCAGAAGGUGUUAAAGCAGGAGCUCUGGACAUAUUAAAUGAGCACUUGUGGUAAGUUCCUAUCACUCUGCAUUCCAAGCUCUGGCCAUGGAAAACCAUUGUGCAGGUGCAGCUUUAGGGUUUACUCACUGGUUUAAACACAGGGUGGGGACGAAGGGCUUGCUCACAAGUGUGCUUUACUCCAGGGAGUUGACAUCUUGCAGAAGUUAACGAGAGCUAAUCAGUGUUAAGGAAUCAGAGGUGUCUUCAUGGUAUACAAUCUGGUCAUGGUCACUGGUUUGUUUUUAAGGUCAUGAACCCUAAAUAGUUUUAGGCAAAACAUUUCUCAAAUGAUUAAUGUGUGCAUAGAAAGUUAGGAAACCCUGAGCUAUAGGUUAAGGCAAGGAAACAUGCCAAGCAUCAUUCCUUUCUGAGGACCCUGUAUUAUACUGUGUGUGUGUGUGUGUGUGUGUGUGUGUGUGUGUGUAACAUGUGAAAGAAGAGGUCAUGGAGAAAUGGACAAGUGGGAAUUAUGUAAAGUACACACGACUUCUCAAAAGAAAACCUGAAAAAAGCUGUUCUCAAAAAUGCUUCCCAGGAAAUGGUUAGAAACAGAGGUUAUUUCCAACAAAAUUAGUGGGGAAACAAUGUGUUGUCCAGUUGUAUUGAUUCCAACUACUGAUCUUUAAGCCACUGAACAUAAAGUGAAACUAGAGAGUUCAUUUUCCUUGGUUUUCUGUUGUUUUUGAGAGGGUCUCUACAUAACCCUAGCUGGAACUCAACUAUGUGGACCAGGCUGGCCUCAGAACUCCUGCCUCUACUUCUGAGCUGAGAUUUAAAGUAUGAGCCACGACACCCAGCUCAUACAAUCCAGAUUUAUUUAAGUAUUUGUAAGUAUUUAGUAGGGCCAUUUAUUUUAUUGCUCAGCUUCCAAACCACUAUAUACUGCUACCUACCUGCUGAAGCUCGGAUACUAGAUACUAUGAAGCAAAGGGUAGAAUGGAACACUAGACAACUGAAACCGUUAACAAGGCCUUUUGCAGAACAAAACUCAAGCGGGUUUAGAAAGCCCAAGGAUGUGUCCUAGAUCUAGUCAACAAGGUGAGAAGGGAGAGAUUUCCCGCCUAAAGGUGCAGCCCCCCCUCCAGGAAUAGCUAAUAAAAAGCCUGUUCUUAUGGGCUCCCAGAAUCCUCUGGCUAUCAGCUGGAAAGUUGGGCAACAAGUUCGUAAAAUAAGCCCAAUAAAUAAAGGACAAAGGCAAGACACACCAGACACAGCUGUCAAAAUUCAACUUUUAUUAACUCGGGGUAGGCUGUCAGUCCAGGGAGCCCGGGGCUCCGCCGCUCAGCCGGUGAUGCGCACGUCCGGGCGGCGCCGCAGCCGCCGAGCCCGAGCCGCCUCGGGUAGAAUGGCCUGCAGCUGCUCCUGCACCAGCAUCUCCACAAUCUGCUCCUUGGUGCGGAUGUCCGGCCGCAGCCACUGGCGGGACAGUUCCCGCAGCUGCCGGAAGGCUUCCCGGGGACCCGCCGCAUCCUGGUAGCGAAACUGCCGGAAGCGCUGGCGAAAGGUCUCGGGGCCGGGACGAGAGGCGCCGGGCCUCGGGGCGGCGUCAGCCUGAGGCGCUGUGUUCAAAGCUGCGGGCGCGCCGGGGAGCUCCGGGGCAGGGGAGCUCAUGGAGUCGGGCUCCCGGGCCGCACAGUCGCCAGCUCCUUCCUCCUGCUCGGGCGGCGCCGCGGGGCUUUGGGCGGCCUGGCUGGGCUGCGGCGCCGCCAUGACUACGGCUGUCCGCGUCACCCUUUGUUUCGCAGUUACGCGCGCCUUCUGCGUCU